AAUGAUGACGUCACAGGUAGUGUAAACAAGAUGGUGGACACAAGAGCAUGUCAGAAGCCUUCCUCCAGGUUCUGAGUGGUCCACUCUUGAUCAGUUCCAAUGCAUAUCCAAAAAAUGCCUGCACAGUCGAACACAUUCAGAGGAAUACGGUCUUCCAAAUUUCGCCAUGUUUAUGGAAAAGGCACCAGGAAGGAGAGCUGCUACGAGAAUGUCCUCAUCACACAGAAGGCCCAUGAUACAGCAGCUUGUGCUGCCAACCCAAAAUUUGUUGCCAUUGCAGUGGAGGUUGCUGGUGGUGGGGCCUUCAUUGUGCUCCCCUUGGACAAGACGGGUCGUAUUGACGUGAAUACUCCGAAAGUGACUGGCCAUGCUGGACCAGUUUUAGAUCUCAAGUGGUGCCCCUUCAAUGAUAACCUUAUAGCUUCGGGUGCUGAUGACUGCACCAUAAAGUUAUGGCAUAUUCCUGAUGGGGGACUGAAGGUUAACCUUACUGAACCAUUGGCUGAUCUACAGGGCCACCAGAGACGUGUGUCUAUAGUGGAAUGGCAUCCAACAGCGGAAAAUGUAUUGUUUUCAGGUGGCUAUGAUUACCAGAUUCUUGUUUGGGACACUAGACGAGCUGCUCUUAUGCAAACGAUUGACCUUCACUCAGAUGUAAUUUAUAGUCUCUCCUUAAACCGUGAUGGGUCACGACUGGCCACUACUAGCAGAGAUAAACGUCUGCGAAUUAUUGACCCUCGUUCUGGCAAGCUUUUGCAGGAAGGUGUGUGUCAUGAGGGUUCUAAAGCAUGCAAGGCAGUAUACUGUGGAGACACUGGUCUAGUGUUCACCACAGGGUUCAGCCGCUUUAGCGACCGACAGUAUGGAGUGUGGGAUGAAAAAAGUCUAAACACACCUCUUCGACUAGAUACCAUUGAUUCAUCUUCAGGCGUCCUCACACCAUUUUACGACCAUGAUACAAGAGUUGUUUUUGUGGCUGGGAAGGGUGAUGGAAAUAUUCGCUAUUAUGAAAUCACUGACAGCCCUCCUUACUGCCACUUUCUCAGUCAGUACAUAUCAGGUGAACCUCAGCGUGGUUUUGGGGUAAUGCCCAAGAGGGGCUGCAAAGUGUCACAAUGCGAGAUAUUCCGCUUCUACAAGCUGUAUGCCACCAAGGCCAUCUGUGAACCUAUCUCUAUGAUUGUACCCAGGAAGAGCGAUCAGUUUCAGCCAGACUUGUUUCCUGACACGGCUUCCCCAACACCAGCACUAACUGCUGAAGAAUGGUUUGCAGGCACUACAAAAGGGCCAGUUUUAAUGUCCAUGAAAACAGGUAUGACAAUUAAGACACAUCGCCCUCUUCCUCUGCGGCCAACUGAGUCAUCCUCUGAUAAAAAUGCAGACAAGAAAUAUGCUUUUCUCUCUAUGGAGACACGUGCUGACUACCGACCUUUGGAGGUGGGUGUGAAGACUUCCAGUAGCACUGACAAAGACCUCAAGACAUCUACAAACUUGGACACCAAAUUUCAGGCACUUCAGAAACUCUGGGGUUGUAAUGUGAAGAAUUUGGGUGACAACAAGGAACAGUGUUCCACCAGCAGCAGUGGAAUAGAAUGUGAGAAAAUUUCCACAAAAAAUACAAUAAAUAAAAUGAAUAUCAAGACUGGAGACUCGCCCAAUAAAUUGGCAAGUUUGUGCAUGCAAGAAAAGGAAAUUCAGAUAUUGGAUAAGCCUUCUCCAAAAACAGAAUCUGAGUCCAACCCCAAUGAAUCACAGGAACCAGCUGCAGAAGAAGGUGAUCUGUAGGCUAAGGUUGUCCCAAGGUCUUGCUGCAUGGAUAGAAAUGUUUUCUGUUCAGUUUUUCUUUGCUUGAUCAUCAGAAGAGUAUAUUGUAAUGUAUUUUCAUUGUUUUUUAUAGGGAAGUCAUCAAAAGAUUUUUUUUUCAG